AUUACUAUUACUUCAAGUAUUAGUCUCUGAAGGGUCUUCUGAUACUAGCAAUGGAAAUGCAGAUGUAAUGUGGAAAUUUUAGUCUCGAAUGCUUCAGUUGUCUCGCGUCACCCGUGCUCGUUGGUCCGAGCUUGUUGAUCGCUACUCGUCCAGUAAGCAGACCAAUGGAUGACCUUCCAGAAAGUCCGAGUGUGCCACAAUACGAUAACACUCUCCGGAAAGAAAUCCGACAGGACUACCGAGCGUUGCAAAGCGACGUACACCGCCACAGACAUGAGCUGGUGCAGUCGGGCAACGUUGGCCUUAUUCGCGUGCUCGACAAGGCUGGCGGACUUUUCACGGACGUAGAAGCGCCGCUCGAGGCAGUGCUCGACUCCAAAAUCCUGAGAUCGGUUGCCUCGAUGGGCGUGGAGCAGGCGAGGAACGUGAAUGCCAGUCGCAUAGUGUUUAACCUUCAGGACAUGGCCAAGAAAUGUGUGGGUGUGAUGAAUGGAGCUUUGCGAAAUCUGGACACUGACGAUGACUCCGAUGCCAAUCGGUACCGGCUGGCCAAGCUGGACUGGUCGAAGCUGGCGGAUGUGUGCGCUCCUUGCCUAGUUCGCCGUACGCCUUCUGCUACGUUUAUGUAUGGUCCUUUGACAAUACAGGCCAAAGAACGCAGACAAGGCCAAAAACGUCCUGCUGACAAGACCAAUGAGAAAGUCAUGCCAACACAAGUUGAAUCUGCGAACCAGCAUCAUGAGGAAACCACAGAAGAAGUAGAGAGAGUUGCCAGAGUGUUGAAAGACGUGUUCGAACGCAAUCCGAGCUAUGAGGCGAUACCUUACUUUGACUUUGUGCUGAAUCCCGAUUCAUUCUCACAAUCCGUGGAAAAUAUCUUCCACACAGCAUUUCUUGUGAAGGACAAUAUAGCCUUCAUCAAGUUUAGUGAUCAGUUCAAUGAGCCCUAUAUUGGCCUGACGACGCGCGAGGAUGCAAAUUCCCAGGCUGGUAUCCGUAGGCAAUUUAUCGUGGAGCUGGAUAUGCAGCUGUGGACGAACCUUGUUGAAGUCUAUGAGAUCAUUGAGCCUUGUAUACCGACCAGGUCCGGCGGUCCCGACACUUAGUGCGAAUCAUUGCCUUUGGACUGACUAUCUCUAUGAUACUUACUUCAGUACAUGUACCUGGACUGAGUAGUCUGACAACCAAGGCGCCUAUGAUCCAUGCCGUGACUACCGUGACAAUGGCUACCGGUCAGCAAGCCUAUUAUACCAGUAGUGCAUCUAGACGAUCAGCAUGCCGAUGAGAAAGCCACCCAGUGUGCAUCUAGACGAUCAGCAUGCCGAGGAGAAAGCCACCUGUGCAUCUACAAAACACGCACUGGUAAGUUACUGUGUGUCACCAUGCAAAGAAAGUACGGCUUUUCAUUUUGCAAGACACAGUGAUAUAGAUGCAGAUAAAGGCUGGCAACGAGAGGUAGCAGUCAAGCAGCUUUCCAGUAUCAUGAUAGGCUUUGAAAAAGUCAUGUUUCUCUUCCAGAAGGAAACACGGUUGCUCACUAGUGACUACCAAGUUGAAGUACCAACGUUCAACAUAUUAUCCUGAUGCUUCCCUAGACACAAUGAUCAGUGCAUCUGGAUACUCAGGUACUGCUCAGGUACAUGUACUAAGUCUAAAGUAAAUGUUGUUCACCAAACUCUGCCUAUAACUAUAGUACACGCCACAUGGUAGUGUAAGCAUUCCAGUCAGGAACGAUGCUGAGCUUGUGCUGUAGCAUCAUUUGCCAAUGCCUUUGCUGUACACUCUCAGUCAUCCAAGCCUUGCUAUUACCAACAUCACGCACAUGCACACGGACACACACACGGACACACACACACGGACACACACACGGACACACACACACACACACACACACACACACACGGGCAAGCCCACUUUGGCACAGCUGCUUCAGUACUCCAGCCGAUCACGCCGGCCACAGAGAGAGAGAAAGAGAGAGAGAGAGAGAGAGAGAGAGAGAGAGAGAGAGAGAGAGAGAGAGAAGAGAGAAGAGAGAAGAGAGAGAGAGAGAGGCUGUUUUGUGUGCAGAGUAUUUAUUACCCUUUCAUGUGGCUUUAUGGUAGCAUGUACCAACAAGACCUGCAAUAUGACUCUGUAGCCGACAGCCAAAUCAUGCGCUCAUUUGCCAGUCACUAAGUCUCUGCUUGUAGCCGCGGUUUGCAUACCUCAGCAGUAAAUCUCCCAGAGUUAUUUGAGCCUGGUAAAGUCGUGGCUAUUCCUCAUUUUUGACGCGUCCAAUACAAUUAUGCACCACAUGGCACACUAGGGAACGUAGACAGCCACGGGUACAACCAUAUUGAGUUGAUGCAUACACUCACUGCAGAUAUUCACCAACGCCAUCCCGGGUCUCGUCCAAUAUUUGUUUACAACGUAAUUUUUUAUCAUGCCAUCUGCCGUAUGCACAUUUUUAGGAGGAUGUUCAUUGUUGUAGUAUAAGUGGUAGAUCUACUAGUAUUGCCCGUCUAGGAUCUAACAGGCAGUUUCUCUCGCUGCUUGCCGUAUGCACAAUUAUAUAGCUGGCACAUGGUAGUAUCUCCUACAGUGCGGAUGUGCGAGCUCUACUUUUUAUUGUUUACCACGUGCAUGUUCACUAUGGGACUAUGUGUGCAUGUAUCAUUUUGUUUGAAUUAUAAUCUCCAAUGGACGCUAUCCUUAUUUUCCAAGACAGCCGUGCCAUGCGCCUGUAUGCGUGCUAGGUGCUCAGUUAAUUUGAUUGUGUCUGGGUGUCAUUCUGGCUACACACUACUACACGUGACAGCU